UCAUGAUGUGUGGUACGAAAGCAGUUUUAGUAGCAAAAACAAACGAGAGCGAUCGCGUCGAAACGGCAACGGUGGGCUCGAUUGGUUGCGCCUUGAAGAUCAGAGGUCGGAGUUCACUUCUUGAAGCGUUCGUCGAGAGGGAGAGGGAAAUUUUUGUCGCGGAAAAGUUCUUAGUUUUGCGAUAUCGGUUGGUACCGAUACAUGUGUAGGAAAAAAAAAAGGAAAAAAAAGUUGACUCGUUCCUUAUGUUGCGUGUUUAACGAGAGGUUUUAAAGACGCGGUUCUCCGGGAAGCUUGUCUGCUGGUGUCUUUUUUUGUGCGAGUGGUUCAGUACAAGUGAAGUGCGGGAAACAAAAAAAAAAAAAAAAAAAAAAAAAACAACAUCAUCAUCAUCAUCAUCAUCAUGCAGGAGUUGAUAGCCACAGUGGAUCACAUCAAAUUCGACCUGGAAAUUGCUGUGGAGCAGCAGCUGGGGGCUCAGCCGCUGCCCUUCCCCGGGAUGGACAAGUCUGGAGCGGCUGUGUGCGAAUUCUUCAUGAAAGCAGCCUGCUCUAAAGGUGGAAUGUGUCCUUUCCGUCACAUCAGCGGGGAGAAAACAGUCGUUUGUAAACACUGGCUCAGAGGUUUGUGUAAGAAAGGAGACCAGUGUGAGUUUCUCCACGAAUACGACAUGACCAAGAUGCCUGAAUGCUACUUCUAUUCCAAGUUUGGGGAAUGCAGUAAUAAAGAAUGUCCAUUCUUGCAUAUUGAUCCCGAAUCAAAGAUCAAAGACUGUCCAUGGUAUGACAGAGGAUUCUGCAAACAUGGUCCCGACUGCAGACACAGACACACUCGAAGGGUUAUUUGCGUUAACUACUUGGUUGGCUUUUGCCCAGAAGGCAGGGCAUGUAAAUUCAUGCACCCACGCUUUGAGCUGCCCAUGGGGACUACGGAGCAGCAGCCGCUACCUCAGCAAGCCCAGACGCAACAAAAGCUAAAUGCUCAGCCCACAAAUAUGAGGUCUUCGUCAUCACUCAUUCAGCUAACCAACCCUAAAGUCAACAACAACAACAACAACCAGCAGCAAUACCAGAGGACCCCACAGGUCAUUGGGGCAAUGCAAUCACAAAACAACACAACUGGUCACAGAGGGCCUCGACCACUGGAACAGGUCACCUGUUACAAGUGUGGUGAGAAGGGCCACUACGCCAAUAAAUGUACAAAAGGACACCUGGCCUUCCUCAGUGGCCAGUGACAGUUGAGGUCAUCAGUGGUGCAGAUCGAUUUUCAGCCAGACGUGAAGCCGGAUCCACGCUGGCGGAUCAUCUGCUCGAAUGGCUCGGGCCGCAUCGGCUGUCCUGUCACGCGUUUAAACUGAGUUCAGCUGAAACAUCUUGCAGAGGUCACUCGCUGCUGGGUGGUUGACUUCCACUCCAGAGGGUCAUGCAAAACUAUUGCCAGGGGGAAAAAAAAAAAAAAAAAAAAACUUUGUUUCUGCUUUCCUCAGUUGAUAUGGGGAUGAUGUGUGCAAAAUAGUCAUCAAAAAUGAGAAUUGUCCCCACCUGGAAUAUAAAGUCCUAAAAAUGACAUUGGUUUUGGGAGGCAGCUUCCAACAUGCUUGCUCUAAGUUUACAUCUGCAGAUGAUUAUAAAACAAUUACAUAUUUUAUUUUUUCCAUCUUGGUCCACAUAGUGGUGAAGGAUUCGUUAGUAGUAAAGACUUGUCAAAAAAAUCAACUUGAGUAAAUUAAACUGUUGGGAUUUCUUAAUUGUUCAGUUUAUUUUUAGUAUCCCUGUAUGUUUCAUAUAUGCAAAGAGGAUGAUACAAACCAUUGGCUUUAGUGAUUGAAGACUAAAUCCAUUUUCAUGGUUAUUACUUUAGUAGCUGCAACAUUUAAGUUGCGUGAUGGAUUCGGCAGUGGUCUGUAGGAUAAGAUGACCAGGAAGGUAAAGACCCUAAUAUGUUGUGUUUUGGGUUUUUUUUUAAGGCUCUUCAGUUGUAGUCCCCUCUUAUAAAUGAUUUAAAUAAUGUGAAAAUCUGCAUUUUAUCAGAUUUGUGUAAUGUGUAAUUGCAGAACUUAAAUAUUUGACUGGAGGAGAGAGGUCUUUUAAAACAGAACACAAUUUUUGGCACCAUGCAUUUUUGUACUUUGGGUAAAAUUAAAGACAUUUUAUUUGCAUUUGGUUGGUUGUAUAAUUGCCCAUUUCUUAAACUAAAAAUUUAUGAUACUGAACUUAAUGUUACAUCCCUCUGCCUGAAUGUCUGACAGUUUUCUGGGACAGGUCCUGUUAUUUAGUUUAUCUUAUUCUUGCAUUUUAAGUUGUCUUUGCUACUUAUGUUUGAUUAAAUCUUUUUUUCCCACUUUCACAUCAAAGGAUUUUAUUACUUCAGUGAAAAUAUAAAGAUUAUUCUGAAAGUCUAUAAAAAUAUAUGAAAUGACCACUAACUGGAGGUUGGACUCAAAGGCUACAUCCCGUGCAAGCUCCUCUAGAAGCUGAGAGGCCUUGUGCGCUGCUGUAUUUGCAACUACAGUAGUUCUGAGAACAUAAUACACUUGCACCUCAACUUAGGAACACAACUGGGAACAGAAGUAUAUUCAUAACACUUUGUAAUUCCUAAGUCAGGUUUACCUCUAAAUCACAGUAAAAGCUGAAUACAGGUGCACUGGACAGGAGCUGUAAACAGUGGAUGUGGUGGACUCAAUGAU